AUGUGGGCUUCCCAGGGCGAGGACCCCACCCGCAUCCUCCAAGAGGCGAUGCGCGGCCUCUGGGAGUGGAGACCGCGCAGCACCCUCGACCGCCGUCGCGCGACGACGCGGUGCCCCUGCGGGCGGCGCACCAGCCACUACGCGCUGGAGGAGAGCGAGGCGCCGCCGCCGCUGGCCUGCGAUGGGGCCUGCGCGCUGGCGGCGCGGCGCGCCACGCUGGCCGAUGCCUUUGGCGUGGACGGCGACCCCGCCGUGCCGCGCGCGUUUGGCCCCGGGGGGAGCGCGGCCGGCCGCGAGGUCCGCUACGACGCGGCCCUGAUCUCUGCCGCGCAGCGCGACCCCGCCGCCAUAUCGCGCCUGGAGGCCGCGCUGGCCGACUUCGUGGCCGGCGGCGGCCCGCAGCGGCGCACGCUGUGGCCCAUGCCGCACGGGCAGCGCGCCGUGGCGCACGCGCUGGCGGGGCGCUACGGCCUCGUCAGCGUGGGCGUGGGCCAGGAGCCGCAGCGCUGUGUCCAACUGCUGCGCACGCCCGGCGCGGCCCUGCCCCUGCGCCCGCUGUCGAGGGUCGCGCCGGGGGUCACGCCUGCCGAGCUGGCGGCGAUGGAGGCGGCAGAGGCCGACCACCCCGUCCGCUUCACGGAGGUGGCCCUGUCCGCCGACCUGCACUACUACCUGCGGCGCUGGGAGGGGGCAUACCGGCUGGACUGGGAGGGUGCGGACGUGGCCAUCGCCCAGUUCCCCGCCGCCGCUGACCAGAAAGAGGUGCUGGAUGCGUUUGGCGGCGGCAUCCGCGGCCUGUUCAAGAUCGACCGGUCCUGGACCCGGUACGGGGCAGCCCCCGCGAGCGCCGGGGACGCGGCUUCCGGCGGCAGGGGCUGGGCUGGGGCGGCGCCCAGGGCCGAGCGCGCCGGGGACGACACUCGCGGCCCCAGCUGGAGCAGCAUGGCACUGGCGCAGCCGCCCCCCCCCUCUGGUGCGGUCGCAAACAGCAAGUAG